CGCGGCAAGCAAAUCCAAUGGCGCUCGAGUAAGAGCGAAACUCAAACCAAAAGGAUCGCCACUCAGCCCUCAGCAAUUAUGAAAUUUCCACUUUCUCCCUCAUGAGAUGAGAGCCGACAUUGGACGCAUACCACUUCUCUUCUCUCCUCCAAUUAGCUAACAGAAGCUUUGAUUUCCAGGCGGUCACUAUGGCUAUGAGCGCACUGUUGCGACGGAACGCUAUGGUCGCUGUCGCGUCGGCGGCGCCAUCGUUCCACCGGCUAGCGAGGCUUGCUCUGCCCCGAUCCUACUCAACCUCCGGGGCACCCCAGCCUCAGCUCGACCCUGAGUACUGGGGUUACAGCGCCACCGGCAGCUACAGCGAGACUCGACGGGAUUCCGUUUGUCCGGUUCCGGUGGCUGAUACAGACAGCUCGGUUCAGCUGCGGGGAGUACAGUGGGCGUUCAUUGGAUGUCCGCUCGCCAAGAAGCGGGUGUACGCGCAGACCAUCUCAAGGCUUCUGCAAGUUCCUUACAUUUCAAUGGCGAUUCUCGUCAGCCAAGAGCUCAAUCCUCGCUCCUCUGUCUAUAGACAGAUUGCCAAUGCUGUGAAUCGUGGGGAAUGUGUUCCAGAGGACAUAAUUUUUGGACUGCUUUCUAAAAGGUUGGAAGAAGGAUACUACAGAGGUGAAACUGGUUUCGUUCUGGAUGGAAUUCCUCGCACCCGACUUCAAGCUGAAAUCCUUGAUGAACUUGUUGAAAUUGAUUUGGUUGUUAAUUUUAAAUGUUCUGAUGAGUACUUGGAAAAACAUCAAGAAGGGCCCUGGAAGGACAAGCUGAAAGAACACUUUGAACAGAGCAAGCCACUUGAAGCUUAUUACCAGAAGGAGAAAAGGCUUCUGGACUUCCAAGUGAGCACUGCUCCAAGGGAUACUUGGCAAGGACUGUUGGCUGCGCUACACCUAGAGGAACUAAAUGCUGUACACUCUUCCAACAAGAAGCUCAUUGCUCCCCCUUUUCUGCGGUAGAAUCUCUCCCCAUAAACCCAUCUUUCCGAUGGAGGCAGGCACCAAAAUGGUUUGUAAAUGCAAAGUAAUGUGUAUAGCAGCUAGUUAGCCACCGCAAACUCAAUUACGAGAUGGAAAUUUUGCUACUCAUCCACCUAUUCUACUAGCAACUACCAUAACCAGUUGUCAGUAUUCUCUUCACACUGUUAGUUACUCGACUGCAUUAUGCCCUGUGAUGUUGACAGAAACUACUACUGAAUGGCAAGUUUGCAAAAGUUCGUUCGUUCAGGGAAACUGCAGAAAGUUGGUUGAUU